AUGUACUUUAAAAAAGAUCUCCAAAAGUUUGACGCAAAUGUGGCUAAACUCAUAGCCAUUGGCAACUCCGGGCGCCGUUUCCCGGAAAGUCGAGGUCCGGAGUUGAGAAAGUUUUGCAAGAUAGCAAACAAUUGGACAACCUACUUAAAGCCGGUGCUUGCGGUAACUCAGGGAUUAGCAAGUUCGCUAUACGAAAGUAUUGGGUGCGUGACGGGAGCACUACAGGGUGUCCCCAAAUGUACGCCAACGGCAUUGGACAGUAUGUUAGGCUUAUUUCGAUCCAUUACUGGCAAUGUUGUGGACGUGUUUUGCGGCGAUUAUACCGAGGGCUCAGACAAAUGCGAUAGUCUUGAUAUGAGUCUCACGGACUCGAAGUGA